AUGGGAGACAAAGGAUUUUCAGCGCUGCGGUCGAUCCUCUGCUUUGCUUCCUUUAUCGUAACGCUGCAGCUCGUUAAUGGAGACCUGAGUUAUUCUGUUCCAGAAGAGAUGAAACGCGAGUCUGUCAUUGGAAAUAUAGCUAAAGAUCUCGGUCUUGAUCUGAGGACUUUAUCUUCCCGAAAGGCCCGUGUUGAUUUUGAGGGGACUCGUAAACGGUACUGUGAUAUUAAUCUGAGUACUGGAGAUUUGGUCACAUCGGAGAGAAUGGACAGAGAAAGCCUUUGUGGCAAGAAACCCUCGUGUGUUGUGAAAGUAGAUCUGGUGUUAGAAAAUCCUCUGGAGCUUCAUCGUGUCAGUCUUCAUAUUCAAGAUGUAAACGACAACUCGCCGAAAUUCAAAAAACAAUUGAUUGAAAUGGAAAUAAGGGAGUCAGCUGACAAGGGUAACCGCUUCUCUAUCGACGAGGCCCAUGACGCAGAUAUAGGUCAAAAUGCUGUUCAGAGGUACAGCCUACAGAAAAACGACAACUUUAUUCUCUCUGUUGACAGCAACAAGGUUGAACUUGUACUAGAGAAUAAACUUGAUCGUGAAAAGCAAAAAGAGAUUAAUUUGCUCCUCACAGCUUUAGAUGGAGGCUCUCCUCAGAGAUCAGGUACUGUAGUCAUACACGUCACUGUGCUGGAUGCUAAUGAUAACGCCCCAGUGUUUAGCCAGGCCGUUUAUAAAGCCAGUCUGCCUGAACACUCUCCUCCAGACACCUUAGUGAUUAAUGUUAGUGCUACUGACGCAGAUGAAGGAGUGAAUGGAGAUGUGACGUAUGAUUUAAGCCACGUGUCAGAUGACGAUGAAAAAUUAUUUUCUAUUGACCCUAAAACGGGACAAAUUAGAGUAACUGGAGAGAUCGACUUUGAAGAAAAUAGUUCUUUUGAAAUGAGGGUGGAAGCUAAAGAUGGUUUAGGACUAACUUCUUACGCCAAAGUAAUAAUAGAUGUUACUGAUGUGAAUGAUAAUGCUCCAGUGAUAUAUCUGAAAUCACUGACUAACCCCAUACCUGAGAACGUGUCACCUGGUACAGAGGUGGGCAUCAUUAACGUGCAGGAUAGAGACUCUGAGAAUAACAGACAGGUCCGCUGCUCCAUUCAGCAAAACGUCCCUUUUAAGUUGGUUCCUUCUAUUAAAAACUAUUAUUCUCUGGUGACCACAGGACAACUGGACCGUGAACUAGUGUCUGACUACAACAUUACAAUCAGUGCCACUGACGAGGGCUCUCCACCUCUGUCCUCCUCUAAAACUGUUCCGUUAUCUGUAGCAGACAUCAACGACAACCCACCUGUGUUUGAGGAACAGUCGUACAGCGCAUAUGUGAGUGAAAAUAACAAACCUGGCUCCACUUUAUGUUCCGUUACUGCUCGAGACCCCGACUGGAGACAAAACGGUACAGUGAUUUAUUCUCUGUUAGCCGGUGAGGUGAACGGUGCCCCGGUGUCCUCCUAUCUCUCUGUUAACGGAGACACGGGGGUGAUCCACGCUGUGAGGUCGUUUGAUUAUGAACAGUUCAGGAGUUUUAAAGUCCACGUGACGGCCAGAGACAACGGUUCUCCUCCGCUCAGCAGCAACGUGACCGUCAGUGUGUUCGUAUCGGAUGUGAACGACAACUCUCCUCAGAUACUGUACCCCGCCCCGGAGGGCAACUCCUUCAUGACCGAGCUGGUCCCCAAAGCUGCACACGGAGGCUCUCUGGUGUCCAAAGUGAUAGCAGUGGACGCAGACUCCGGACAGAACGCCUGGCUGUCCUAUCAUAUAGUCAAAUCCACUGAUCCGGGACUUUUCACUAUUGGUCUCCACAGCGGAGAGAUCAGGACACAGCGGGACAUUUCUGAGUCUGACAGCAUGAAACAGAACCUUAUUGUGGCAGUGAAAGAUAACGGACAGCCCUCUCUCUCUGCCACCUGCUCCAUGUAUUUACUUAUCUCUGACAACUUGGCUGAGGUGCCAGAACUGAAGGAUAUUUCUUAUGAUGAGAAGAACUCCAAACUGACCUCUUAUCUGAUCAUCGCGCUGGUGUCCGUGUCCACCUUUUUUCUGACCUUCAUCAUCAUCAUCCUGGGUGUGAGGUUUUGUCGCAGUAGAAAGCCCAGACUGUUGUUUGAUGGAGCAGUUGCCAUCCCCAGCGCUUAUCUCCCUCCUACUUACGCAGAUGUUGACGGCACAGGAACUUUACGCAGCGCUUACAAUUAUGACGCCUACCUGACAACAGGUUCUAGAACCAGUGACUUUAAGUUCGUGUCAUCUUACAAUGACAACACACUGCCUGCUGACCAGACGCUGAGGAAAAGUCCAUCCGACUUUGUUGACCCGUUUGAAGACUUAGAGCCGGCUGUAGAGGUAGGAGCAGUUCACAUUGCUUUACUGGUCACACAAUGUUUUUUGUCUUUAUUGAGUUUUUAA